AUGUAUCUGAUUAUCUCGCUGGUCCUUUUUCUCUCGCUGGGCUAUGACGCUCUAGCAGCGCCGGCCGCUGCCCUCCACCCUCAACAGAGAAGCAAGUCUUUUCGUGUUGAGCGUGUUCGACGAAGUGAUUAUAUCGCGCAUGGACCGGCGGCUCUUCGCAAAGCCUACCGCAAGUUCGGUAUCGUCUCAACUGACUUCAGUGAUCUUGACCUGGAUGACUUCGAGCCCUUUGACGAUCUGACACGCACAAGCAAGAGCGCCUCCUAUACUGACAGCUCGGAUGGAACCGACCAGACUGGUUCUGUGUCCGCAACCUCGGUCCAAGGCGAUGUGGAAUUUGUAUCGCCGGUCCAGAUUGGUGGACAGAUGAUCGUGAUGGACUUUGAUACCGGAUCAUCUGAUAUGUGGGUCCUGAACUCUGAACUUCCAGAGUCCAUGGUCUCGAACCGAACAGUGUAUAACCCCAGCAAGUCAAGCACCUACAAAAAGGUGGAUGGUACUUUCAAGAUCUCAUAUGGUGAUUCCUCCAAUGCCCAGGGUGGUCUGGCCAAGGACGUGGUGUCUAUCGGCGGCGCAACAGUCAAGAACCAAGUAUUCGGUCUGCCCACCUCGGUUUCCGAUUCAUUCAUUUCCGACGAAAAUUCAAACGGUCUUGUUGGCCUCGGCUUCACUUCGAUCAACACCUUUGACCCAGGCCCACAGAAGACCUUCUUCGAUAACAUCGUUCCAGACCUCGACGAGCCAGUCUUCACGGCUCGUCUAAAGAGCGAAGGUGUUGGCGAGUAUGAAUUCGGCAAGAUCGAUCACGACAAAUACUCCGGCUCCCUGGUAAAUGUGACCGUCGACAGCUCCAAUGGGUUCUGGCAAUUUGAGGCCGCGCAGUUUGCUGUGGGUGAUGGAUCUCUACAGCAAAUCACCGACACCCCGACUGCCAUUGCGGACACCGGCACUUCUCUCAUGCUUGUUAGCCCUCAGGUUGCCAAGGCGUACUACGCCGGCUGGGCUCAGUAUUCGAACAGCGUGAGCGGAUACAUCUUUUCCUGCGAUGCCGACCUACCCAAUCUGUCUGUUGCGAUUGGCAAUAAGUUCCAAGCGACUAUUCCCGGAUCCUUGAUCAAUUUCGCUGAGAUUGGAACAAACAAGACCACUGGUGGCACAGUGUGCUAUGGUGGCGUGCAAUCUAACUCAGGCUCUAGUCUUCAGAUCUUCGGCGAUGUCUUCCUCAAGGCACUGUUCGUUGUCUUUGACCACCGCGGUCCAUCUCUUGGAUUUGGCUCCCCGAAGUAA